CUUAUGGCGGAGCUCUGAGAGAUUGCUAUUUGUUACAACCCUAUUUUUUUAAGCAUGGAGGAAGUUGACAAUAUUAUUAUUCACUCGCUGCGGCAAAUCGGCUGUGAUAUCGAUGAGAACGUUACGAAUUUGGGGGGUUUCGACACCGAUCUAGUGGUGGAGGCAACUGUGAGAUGUCUGGAUGUCAUCAAACCUGGCCUCGGCACCUCCAGGGUUCUUCCAGCAAAUAUGGCUGCGAGGUUUAGGGUUGGGGCUUCCCUAGCCCAAGCAUGCUCGGAACUUGGUUACAGAGGGGACAUAGGCUACCAGACGUUCCUCUACAGUUCCGAAACCGACUUGAGACGUGUCCUGAUGUUCCUAACCGAGAAGCUCCCGAAGGAAACCGACAAAGCAUCAACAGAGCCCACGAGUAAGCUCGACAAGCUCGAGAAGACUGUGGCCUCGGUCCUGCAAAAGCAGCUGUCAACCCCCUGGUUACCCCACUACUGCCACAGAUCGCGAACCGAUGGACACACCAGCAUGCCUUACAGAGCAGUUGACCUCGACCUCCCCCCCGAUAAUCCAGACCCAGAGUACCAGGAUUAUCAUGGUACAUAUCAGCCAUCAGUGCCUGAGCUGGUGGACCAAGAGUGCCUCAUACCCUCGAUAGUAUCAAGAACCUCGAAGUUACUUUACUCACGACCAACGAACAUAAUAGAACGACUAGAAUGGCUGCACAAGUUCCCUGCGACCACUGAAUCCACCAGUGAAGAGAGAAUUUCGAGCAGAUUCACUUUGAACGAGAGACUGCAGCUGCAGACGUCUAGGCGACGCGACGAGCCUGAAGAGGUGGAGAGGAGUCCAGAGUCAGCUUCGACGCCAUCGGAGCCCUCAGCCCCUUCCAGAGAGGAGAGACAGAUGCGGGAGGUCGAGGGGAUGAAGGCAGACUGCGAGAGCUUGAGAGUUGAGGUCGAAGCAAUGACUAAUGAAUUGGGGAAACUCGACACUCAGUUGUCCCAGGUGAGAACCAAGAGGCAGGAGGAGGAGAGGGAGCUGGAGGUGAGGGAGGAGCAGAGGAGAAUCAAGGCGAGGACUUAUGAUCUCCUUGAGGAUGGUGAUAAUAAUGUUGUAAAGCUGGAGGGGGUCAUCGAGGCUGGGAGAAACAAGUUGAUUCAUCUGGCUAAUCAGUGGGAGAAGCACAGGGCCCCUCUCAUCAAACAGUACAGGGACGAGAGGGAAAAAUACUCAGCCAAGACCAGUACUAGUCAGAAGAAGCUGGAUGAGCUGAGGAUCCUCAGGGAGAGGGAGAGGGAACUUAUGGAGGAGUGUCAUAUGAAGGAUCAGCAGUAUGCACAGCUGGUGGCUGAGGUGCAGAAGCUACCGAAGGACGUCAACAGGUCUGCCUACACUCAGAGGAUACUGGAGAUCAUUAAUAAUGUGAGGAAGCAGAGGGAUGAGAUCGAUAAGGUACUGGGGGACACGAGGGAGAUCCAGAAGGAGAUCAAUACUCUGAGUGGCAGGCUGGAGAGGUCUUUCACGGUUGUUGAUGAGCUCAUCUUCAGGGAUGCCAAGGGCAAUGAGGCCUCCAGGAGGGCGUACAAGCUCCUCGCUACUUUACACUCUGAUUGCAGUGAACUCGUUAAUCUUGUGGAAGAGACUGGGACUACCUUGAGGGAGAUCAGGGAUUUAGAGGAACAGAUUGAUUCGGAAUCUACGAAGAAUGUUGGAGCCAAUUUGGAGCGAAUAACAGCUGAUUUGAAGCAAAUGAGACAAGAGACUGCGUCACUAACGGCACAACUAGCGAGUAAAAACUCGUGAUUUAUAGAUUAUUUACAGAUGACACGCUUUGUUUCGAAGGUUUGUGAAAUAAUAAUAGUGCUUCAGUGCAUUUUCUUCACCAAUUGAACAUUUGAUAGCUUUAAAAUGGAGAUUAUUACACUUGACCUGAACAUUCCCAUAUCCAGAAUUACUGAGUAAUGAAUUGUAAAGAAAAUUCAGGGCAUAAUAAUAAGACCAAAAUGAAUAAUUUCGCUCAAGAGGACCUAGAUUCCCUAAGAAGUUCGAAUAAUAAUCUUAUGAGUUGUGACAACUCACUGUACCAUGUUGAAAUAGUUCAAGGAACCUUGCUGUUACUAAAAUUAUCGAAUCAAAUUGAGAUUUAAUACUGUAAAUAAACAUUAAUAUUCGAGGAGAA